AUGGAUGUUGCCUCAGAUCGUGAUAAAAGUAGUUACUUGGUCAGUGGUGCGAGAAAGAGUACCAGUAAAAUAAAAUUAAAGCAAGCAAUGAAAUUAUCUCUUCCUCUAAGAGCUUUUAUUCACAAUAACGUUAAUUGGAUCAAAGAGAGUGAAUUUGUAGGCUUUCUUCCGGACACUAAAGAAUCUCCGUAUUUCAAAUUGAAUUGCCAAAGGUCAUGUGUGGAGGAUCUUACAAAGUUGAAAUUAUUCGAAUCAAAAUAUGUAUAUUCUGAUGCAAAUUCGGCGGCGUUAUUUGUUGGAGAUCCUGUUUGGACAGUAGCUUGGUGCCCUAUUCCGGAUGAUGCAGAACUGACAGAACAGUACGUUGCGAUUAGCACUAACAAAGCACAGACCCAUGCUCAUAAUAUUUACAAAUGUGAAACGACACGCGGGAUUAUACAACUUUGGAAUUGUGGUAAAUUACAGAAAAGGCAAGACAAAAUAGUACCCUAUCUAGCCCUCGGUAUUACGUACGACUAUGGACCUAUUUGGGACAUGAAAUGGUGCCCAUCGGGGUGCUGGCAGCAACAGACUUACGAAAAAUCCGAUUUAUCAUCCAGACUUGGACUUUUAGCAAUGGCAUGUGGGGAUGGCAAAGUUCGCGUAUUAAGGCGAGUAUUAUACAUCAAUUACGAUGAUAAUAACAUUAAUCUUACUGUACCUCAGCCCGCAAGUCUCCGUCAACAGCAAAAGACCAAAGAAGUGAUCUUUAAUAUCAUUCCACAUGCCAUCUUAAUACCUAAAUACGAUGACAUUACUAAUAGUGGCCAAGCAAUAUGCCUGGCAUGGAUGUCAAGCAAUCAACAUCGCUUCCUUGCUGCUGGCUUCGCAGAUGGUACAAUCGCAAUAUGGGAUCUGAUGACGGAAUCACGGCUAUUGCUUUGUAAUCAUUUUAAUGAAUCUCAGAUGACUCGAUACUACUUUCCAUUUCGCAUUAUUGCUGGACAUGACAGUGUUAUCCGUAGCAUUGCAUGGUGUCCAUCGAAUGGAGAUUACUUUGCAACAGGGUGGUUUACAAGUAUUGUCUGGCCCCGUCAUCGACGUUUUCUUUUUCUCACCGAAGAAGAUUCUACUUCUGGGUACUUUCAUAUUUUUGUUUUAAGAAACAUUAGUAGCCGAAAUGACGCCCAAAUUGUGAAUUUGAUUAAACAUAGCGGCGCUUCCCUGGCUCAGAGCUUUUCAGAGUGGUCAACUAAUAUCGUAAGCGGUAGUGAGUGUGGGGAGCUAUACGGUUUUAAUACUGCACAAGUUUUGACUAGCGGAACGAUAUCAACAAAAUUCAAUCAAAGAAGUAAAUAUUUCUGGGAUAAAACAUCCUGGUCAAAAAGCGAUUAUUCAAUAGCAAAACCUUCUAAAUAUAACCCUGUAGCAGCGUCUUCGCAAAAACCUUUACAUGAAGCUAUUCAAGCGGUUUCUUGGAACCCAAAUCGCGACUGUCAUACUUGGUUGCUAUCAGGUAGUAAAAGUGGUAUGCUAUAUUAUAAAUAUCAUACUACAUAA